GUCUUAUUUGUGGGGAUUUAGUAUUAAAAGGCGCGUGACUCCUCCCGAAGCAAAACCCUAGUCCGGUUGCCACUUGCGGCGGCGUUCUCGCUCUCUUUCUCCUCCUCCUCGUCUUCGUUGGCAAGAUCAGAGCUAAGAAUUAGUAUUAGGAAAAAUGUUUACUGCAAGGAAGAAGAUUCUAAAGGAGAAGGGUGCUGAACCUACCGAGUUUGAAGACACUGUAGCUCAGGCAUUUUUUGAUUUGGAGAAUGGGAACCAGGAGUUGAAGAGUGAUUUGAAGGAUCUUUACAUCAAUUCAGCAGCACAAAUCGAUAUAGCUGGCAACAGGAAAGCUGUUGUUAUCCACAUUCCGCACAGACUUCGGAAAGCCUACAAAAAGAUUCAUGUGAGACUAGUUAGAGAACUGGAAAAGAAGUUCAGUGGGAAGGAUGUGAUUCUUAUUGCUACACGGAGGAUAUUGAGGCCACCAAAGAAAGGUUCAGCAGUCGUGCGCCCCCGCUCCCGCACCCUCACUGCCGUCCACGAUGCAAUCUUGGAAGAUGUAGUGUACCCUGCUGAAAUCGUAGGAAAGCGCGUCAGAUAUCGGAUGGAUGGCUCCAAAGUCAUCAAGAUUUUCUUGGAUCCUAAGGAGAGGAAUAACACCGAAUAUAAACUGGAAACUUUCUCCGGUGUCUACCGGAAACUUUGUGGCAAAGAGGUGGUGUUCGAAUAUCCGAUCACUGAGAUUGCUUAAAUUACUUUUAUGGGUAGUUUGUCUGCGUUGGUUUUCUUCGUUGGAAACACUUUGAUUGUGCCAUUUCCUUUGAAAAUGUUCUCAUUUUGCUGAUAAGGUUUUAGUGGAUGUGUUGACUGUUUUGUCUGCGAUUUAGAGCAUAAACUCUUAAAGGAUGGUUUUUUUGGGUAUGUAGCAGAAAAGCUUUGCUUUUAUUGAAUUGUUAAAGAAUUUAAAAAAUCUUAAA